AUGGUUGUCAACUGGAAAGAUUCACAGUUGACUGAUCGCCUUGUGGCAGCGAUCAUUGCUGCUCAUCCGGAUCUCAAAUUAAAUUACCAAGCAAUAGCCACCUACUUCGGCCAGGGGGCAACAUACGACGCCAUCGAGGGACGAUUCCGACGAUAUCGAAAAAUGUCCGAUGAGCUCAAGAAGGAAGCUUUCGCGCAAGGCAUCACCCAUCCCCCCAAGGGACGAGGAUCGGGCGGAUCGACGCCGCGAACUCCGCGGGUCGCUCGAGGCAUCACCAAGAGCGCGUCUACUGGCAAGGGCCGGAAAGACACCCGCUCGAACUUGACGUCUCCCACCCGACACCCGGUCCAUAGGGGCAUGAGCUCCCUCGAUGCAAUCUGCCUUGACGGCGACACCUCUGAUGACGAGAAAAAAGAUAUCAAGGUCAAGACAGAAAUCAAUUCUGCAUGGACAGAACCCGCAACAUUUCCUCACUUGGGGCAGGGUGGCGCUGCUGUGCUGGGUCAGGGUAGUCUUGAUGUGGAGAUCGUCGACGCGCCCGUCCCUGUCCAGCCUGUCGCGGCCAUGUUCCCUAAGCCCGAGGAACGCGAGAAUGUGACCAGUAACGUCUCGUCCUUCCCAGCCUUUGGAAGCAUCAAAGGAAAGGAACGCGCCGAUUGUGCCUUCCCCAGCGCAACGCCUCCAAUGGGCUUGAGCCGAACUAGCACGGCCCUGGGGCAGACCGACAUGAAUGACGACCCUUUUUACCAGGCCGACCUCUUCUUCCCAACGAACCAUGCCGGCUACCCGACGGAUAGCAUGUACUUUGAUGAGUAUGAUGGCACGGCAUAG